ACGCGAGUGGGUAGGUUUAUGACUAAAACAGCUCUCCUCCUCUCCUUCGUCCUUCACCAACUUUCUCGACUUCGUCUAUAAAUACUGAUAAUCAGAAAGGUGUACUCCCCCACCUAGAUGCGGCAGACAUAAUACUUUCUCCACAUUAUUAUCAUCAAUUAUCUUGCUCAUCGUUUUCCUUUUCCUUCUCUCUCGGAUUACUUUCUGAGAUCUCAUUCCAUUUGUAAUGGCGUACGAGCGAGUUCUUUUGGGGAUGGGGAAUCCUCUCCUUGACAUUUCAGCCGUCGUUGAUGAGCCAUUCCUGGAGAAAUAUGGUGUCAAGUUGAACGAUGCUAUUCUUGCAGAGGACAAGCACCUACCAAUGUAUGAUGAAUUGUCUUCCAAGUUCAAUGUGGAGUAUAUUGCUGGAGGUGCAACACAAAAUUCAAUCAGGGUUGCCCAGUGGAUGCUUCAAAUUCCUGGGGCAACUAGCUAUAUGGGUUGCAUUGGCAAGGACAAGUUUGGGGAAGAGAUGAAGAAUAAUGCAAAACUUGCUGGUGUUAAUGUUCAUUAUUAUGAAGAUGAGUCUGCACCAACAGGUACAUGCGCUGUUUGUGUAGUUGGUGGCGAAAGGUCA